CUAAGGGACUAUAUAAUAGUGUACUUUAAUAAUGUCUUAGUAUACUUGAGCCUCAACUUAGACCUUAAGAAGUGUAUAUUCGCAAUAAAGGAAGUUAAGUACUUAGGGUAUAUUAUAGAGGUAGGAGUCUAUAUCCGCCUCGACCCUAAGAAGAUUAAGGCUAUUCGUAAGUAG